UCAGUCGUCGAGGUGCAGCGGGCGCUGAGUGGCAGAACAUGGCUGCCAGGCCGGGACCUUCGACUGAGGAAGAUGUGGGACCCACGGAGCCAGCCAAGGGUGUUGAGGGAGCCAAAGGACAGGACAUAUCCACACAGAAAAUUGAAGACUUGAUGGAUAUAGUGAAGAAACUGCAGAAAGUGGACAGUCUUGAGCCCCGGAUUGAGUUUCUGAUUAACCGGAUUAACGAGGUUCAACAAGCAAAAAAGAAAGUCACUGAAGAUCUGGGAAAAGUCCAGUUUGUCUGGGAUGCCUUGCAAGAGGAACUGGACUCAUUACAUGAAGAGAAAGCACAUCUAAAAGAAAUCUUGAACAAAAAGCAAGAAAACCUGAGGAUACUUCAGUUGCAUUGUCAGGAGAAGGAAAGUGAGGCACAGAGGAAGCAGACUUUGUUGCAGGAGUGUAAGGAGAGGAUUGCUUCUUUGAACUUACAGAUAGAGGAGGAGAAGAACAAACAGAGACAACUGAGGUUGGAUUUUGAGGACCAGCUGGAGGCUCUGAUGGACCAGCAUAAGGACCUUUGGGAGUUUCAUAAACCAGAGCAGCUCUCAAGGGAGAUUUGUGCCUUGGACAGCAACAAGGAGCAGCUGCUCAAGGAAGAGAAGCUGGUUGAAGUGAAGCUGGAGGACGUGAAGCAUCAGCUCUGCUUGCUGGGUGGGCCUGAGGGGUCCUCCACCUUCACUGAGGGACUCUUCCUCCGCAGCCAGGAGGCAGCAGCAGCAGUGCAGCUGUUCAAAGAGGAGAACAAGAAGGCUGAGGAGUUCUUGGAGGCUGCAGCCCAGCACCAUCAGCAGCUGAAGCAGAGGUGCCAGCAGCUGCAGGAGAAGCGGCAGAGGCUAAAAGAAGAACUGGAAGAGUUUGUGAUACAUGCCCAGAGCAUGCAAGUGGAAGGGACUGGUCUACAAAGAGUGGUCAGUUCCCAAGGUUCCAGCUGUCUUUGAAGAGAAGAAUUCAGAGCUUCCCACCAGAAAAGGCUUGAUACUCCCCUGGGCCAAGUGGAUGCUUUUGGCCCCAGCCUUAUCCCAUGGUGCUGCAGAAAUUAAAGGCAUUACUUUGAUCUACCUCAGUUGAAUCUGUGAGGGUGGGGUGGUCGAGCUCAAAAACUUAGAACCCUGAAACUGGUGGAGCCAUAGCCUGACUCUACCUCUUGCUGUACCUCUGCACAGAGUCCACCCUGCAGGUACGCAGAAAAUCCUUUCCCAAACUCCUUGUUUCUAACAUGCUUACCACUAUUGUCUGACACACUCUUCUGGCCUCAGGCAGAAUGAUGCAGAUGUGGACAUUCUCAAAACGGGCUUGAAUCCUAGGGGGCGGGGAGUUGGGUGGUGGUGCCUGAAAUAUACCUGUGAUGAUUUAAUUCCCUUACAUAGGCCUGAAUUGUCUACCCUCUUGUAAGAAAUGAAAAUAAAUGAUUG